AUGACGCCCAAUAAGCUGCUCCUUUUUGUAGCCUUAUUUGUCUCCUCGGCAGUCGCUGUACCUUAUAUUUCUGAGGAACAACAACUUGCACCUUUAUUCUCGUCGGCUAAUUCUCAAGUCAUUCCUGACUCGUACAUUAUAGUUUUCAAAGAACAAGUAGAGAGGAAGCAUAUCGAAAACCAUCACCACAGGAUUCGUUCCUUGGUUAACGAAGAAAACAACAAACUUGCCAAGAGAGGUUUCCUCGAUAAAUUGAUAUCUGGUAUUAAACAUACCUAUAAUUUUAAAAGUCUAAAGGGUUAUUCCGGUCGCUUUACCGACGAUGUCUUAGAAAGGAUCAGGAGCAGCGAGGAGGUAGCUUGGGUGGAAAAAGAUCAAGUAGUCUAUGCAUCUGAACUUCAACGAAAUGCUCCGUGGGGCUUGGCCAGAAUCGCACAUCGUCCCUCAUUGACAUUUGGAACCUUCAACAAGUACCUUUACGAUCCACAAGGAGGAGAAGGUGUUACGGUCUACAUUAUCGACACUGGCGUAAACGUUAAUCAUACUGACUUCGGAGGUCGUGCCCAAUGGGGUAUGACGAUCCCUGACAACGACGCAGACAUUGAUGGCAAUGGACACGGCACCCAUGUUGCUGGCACUGUUGCGGGUAAGAGGUAUGGCGUUGCAAAAAAAGCAAAGAUUGUUGCUGUUAAAGUGUUGCGAUCGAAUGGUUCCGGUACCAUGUCGGAUGUCCUUAAAGGCGUUGAGUAUGCUGCCGAAGCUCAUCAAGAAGCUGAAGAAAAAGCGAGAGAGGAAGGAAAACCUUUCAAGGGAUCAGGCGCCAACAUGAGCUUGGGCGGUGGUAGAAGUAAGGCUUUGGACUUUGCCGUCGAUUCGGCCGUUGAAGCUGGUCUCAACUUUGCCGUUGCCGCUGGUAACGACAAUCGUGAUGCUUGUGAUUUCUCACCGGCUGCUUCCGAGUUAUCUAUAACCGUUGGUGCUUCAACCAUUGAGGACGAACGUGCCUGGUUCUCUAAUCACGGUAAAUGUGUCGAUGUUUUCGCUCCUGGUAAGGAUAUCACCUCCACAUGGAUUGGGUCUCGUACCGCCACCAAUACCAUCUCUGGAACUUCAAUGGCAUCUCCUCAUGUCGCCGGUCUGAUAGCAUACUUGCUUUCUCUUCAAGUUGAUGACGAAUCGGACUUCUUCACUAAACCUUUAACUCCUAAAGAGCUCAAGGAUAUUAUUAUCAAUUUAUCCACAAAGGACGCUCUUGACAAAAUUCCAAACAAUACACCAAACCUUUUGAUAUACAAUAAUUAUAUCAAAUGA